AUGCCGAUCCCCUGCAGGACGGAAGCCCCUGCUCCCCAGCUGCUUCCAGUGUCUGCAACUCCCAGCUGGCCGCUGGGCCCACCCUCUCGGUGGCCGUCCGCUGCUGGAGGCGGGCACUGCGAUCGAGAUCACACCCUCCCCCUGGAGCAGCCCACAGCUCAGGGUGUCCACGAGAGGUGGCAAAGGCCUGGCCCUGGUGCCCUGAGUCAGGCGGCCCCGCAGGCAGCCUGCUCCUCCUCUGCCCCAUCCCCCAGGUCUGGGCCCCGCGUUCCCCAAGCCUGGCCUCCCAGUGGCCCUGUUGCCCCCUACCUGGGCGACUUGCACAGGACCAUUGAGGACGACCUAGAGAGCCAGAACUGGAGCCAGCCCUUCAAUGGGUCGGGACGGGAGCCCGACAGGCCCCCCUACAACUACUUCGCCAUGUCACUUGCCCUGCUCAUCUUCGUCAUCAUCUUCGGUAACGUGCUGGUGUGCAUGGCCGUGUCCCGGGAGAAGGCGCUGCAGACCACCACCAACUACCUGAUCGUCAGCCUCGCCGUGGCCGACCUCCUCGUGGCCACGCUCGUCAUGCCCUGGGUCGUCUACCUGGAGGUGGUGGGUGAGUGGAAGUUCAGCCGGAUUCACUGUGACAUCUUCGUCACUCUGGACGUCAUGAUGUGCACAGCGAGCAUCCUGAACCUGUGUGCCAUCAGCAUCGACAGGUAUACCGCGGUGGCCAUGCCCAUGCUCUACAACACUCGCUACAGCUCCAGGCGCCGGGUCACCGUCAUGAUUGCCAUCGUCUGGGUGCUGUCCUUCACCAUCUCCUGCCCGCUGCUCUUCGGACUCAACAACACCGGCCUGAAGUCUGGCCUGGCUUUACCCAGAGCUCUGCCUCUGCAGGACGCUGCCCGCCGAGCCCAGGAGCUGGAGAUGGAGAUGCUCUCGAGCACCAGCCCGCCCGAGAGGACCCGGUACAGCCCCAUCCCGCCCAGCCACCACCAGCUGACCCUCCCCGACCUGUCCCACCAGGGCCCCCACAGCAUUCCCGACAGCCCCGCCAAACCAGAGAAGAACGGGCAUGCCAGGGAGCACCCCAGGAUUGCCAAGUUCUUUGAGAUCCAGUCCAUGCCCAAUGGCAAGACCCGGACCUCACUUAAGACCAUUAGCCGCCGGAAGCUCUCGCAGCAGAAGGAGAAGAAAGCCACCCAGAUGCUCGCCAUCGUUCUGGGCGUGUUCAUUAUCUGCUGGCUGCCCUUCUUCGUCACCCACAUCCUGAACAUUCACUGUGACUGCAACAUCCCGCCCGUCCUGUACAGCGCCUUCACGUGGCUGGGCUAUGUCAACAGCGCCGUGAACCCCAUUAUCUACACCACCUUCAACAUUGAGUUCCGCAAGGCCUUCCUGAAGAUCCUUCACUGCUGACCCUGCCGCCCAUGUGCACAGCAGCCUGCUCCCCACCUCCUGCCCAGGCCGCCCGGCCUCGAUCCCUGGGAGCCAGGGCCCGGGGGUGCAGGCCAGACUGGCCCUGCAGUGUCAGCUUGGCACCAUGCCCCUCACUGCCCACACAGCCUCGCUCUACUGGGCUGUGCUAGGGAGCCAGGGACAGUGCCACCCUCGUGCUGGCCCCUGGGCCCAGGGGCAGCCCACAGAGGCCCCUCCCCUCCCGAGGCCCUCUCUCCUUGGCACCAAAGACACAGCCCCCUCCUCUGACACUCCUCUGAGGCCCUGGGGUUGCCAGGGUGGAGGCAGGGCUCAGUGGCAGUGCCGUCUUCCCAAACCUGUGCCGCAGUGCGCGGUGGGGAGGGACGGACGGGCAGUUCACACUGCACUCGGCCUAACCAGGGGAGCGCUUGCCGGGGCGUCAGGAAUACGGAGUGCAGGACAAGCCCAGGGAGGCCCAAGCCAAAACCUCAGCUCCCUCUCCUGGAUGGACAGAUGCACGGGAGCCUCUCCUUGCACAGCUGUAUGUCCUGACCGCUCCCCCCCACCCCGAGCCUCCGAGGGCCCCAGGAAGGUCUGUGGGCAGCAGAGCCCCCACAAGCCCACUCUGCGGCCUCCUGACCGAUGCAGGUGCAUCCCUUCUUGUAGCACAUGUUGGGCCAGCGCAGGGCCAGCAGGGAAGCGGGCUUGUGCCCUUCUGGGGCCUGCACUGGGGUGUCUGAGGCUCUUUGGGGGGCUGCCUUCCGCCCCAGUCCGCUGCAAAACCACUUUUCUUUUCUCGUCCUUUGGCCUCUUCUCACCCAUUUCCUCUGCCAUCUGCUGCCUCAGCCUUCGUGGGCCAAGAGGCUGCCCAGUACCCUUCGGCCUGGUCUGGCCUGCCUGGGGGAGGAGGGGAGCUGCAUCCUGGGGGAGCCAUGGGCCCCCGACUCUGUAACAGCACCAUACACGCUCCGAACUAAUAAAACU